AAAAAGGACCAGUGUGUGUGAAGCACUCACGAAGCUGCAACAGUUCUACCAUUGUAGUUUGCCUGCAGCACAAGUUCUGCAGGUUGUUUGGUUUAAUUUCUUUAGCGACACAAUGGCUUCUGGAUUUGGUCUGAGGGUGCUUUUGCUCUCUCUGUUAGCUGUUGGGCAGCAUGCUAACGAGCUCAGCUACAGGAGUGGGGGCUCCAAAACCGUCACACCAUACUUUGAACAGGCGGAGAGUUUCCAGAGAAGACCUAAACCUUAUGAGCCCUCUGCACAACAAGGAAGUUCUCUGAGCAGUUAUGGACAAAGUUACACUGACAGUGGAUCAUCUGGGAACAGGAAGCCUGCUGCUGCACCUUACAGUGGUUCAUAUGGCAGUGGAGUAGAUGGAUACAGUCCAGAGCGAAGUGUUUCUACUCACAAGCCUCCAAUAAUACGACAAAACCCACAGCAGCCAACACAAGGUGUUUACCAGUCCAAAGACAACAUGUGGGAUAUUGCUUUGCAACAAAAUGAGAAUGUUGUUGAGACGGCUGUUGCUUCAAGUCGAGGAAUUGAGAUAUAUUUGGGUAGCCAACCUGAGGCAGGUCGUGCAAACGGCUACCCUUCCAAGCCCCAGCAGCCGGGCUACCAGUCCAAGCCCCAGCAGCCGGGCUACCAGUCCAAGCCCCAGCAGCCGCAGCAGCCGGGCUACCAGUCCAAGCCCCAGCAGCCGGGCUACCAGUCCAAGCCCCAGCAGCCGGGCUACCAGUCCAAGCCCCAGUCCAAGCCCCAGCAGCCGAGCUACCAGUCCAAGCCCCCUUCCAAGCCCCAGCAGCCGAGCUACCUCAAGCCCCAGCAGCUAAGCUACCAGUCCAAGCCACAGGAGCCUCAGUUCCAGCCUCGACAGCCCAAGCCCCAGCAGGGUGUUCAACAGAGCAAAGAUGUAAUGUGGGACUUGGAUUUUUACCCAGAAAGUGGCUCUCCUAGGCGUUCGAGACCCAUUCCAAUCGCAUCCAGGGACUAUCCCGGGUGGAAACAGCCGCUGGUUCCUGUGUUCAACAGAAACCACCGGCUCUAGAAACACUCCGGUUGCUGUCGUCUCUUAGAAA